GUGUUGCUAAAAACUACUAGCUAUACCACAACCUGGAUGAAUGGUAACCUUCAAAGAUAUAUGCGCCUUGGUUUCCUCCAUGCAUUAUAGUUAUUUAGCUUCAAAGCCUUCUCACUUUUUAUUAUUUUACCUAACAUCUUCCUUUUUCUUUUCUCACCCCUAGGUUCAGUUAGACCAUGUCCAUUCGCUUAAUUUUCUUCUUCUCCCUCUUGUUCUUCCUACUUUUAUUCCUUUACCAGUUUGUCCAUGUCAGCCAUAUUUCCUAUAUCUCCUCUUCCCAUAAAUACCAGAAGAGGCCUGUGCACCUCCUCAUAUUAUCUUCCUGGCGCUCUGGUUCUUCGUUCCUUGGGCAGAUCUUCAACCACCACCAAGAUGUCUUCUACCUCUUUGAGCCUGGACGUUCCGUGUGGAUGAGGUUUAGGAGAGAGAGUAUUGAGCUACUACACUACCUGGUCAGGGAUGUCUUACGAUCACUUUUUACUUGUGAUGUGUCUCCACUGAAACAAUACCUUCCUGGAGGUGGGCAGCAGAUUUCUGAAAUGGGUUUCUUUGCAGAGAGCCGUGCUUUGUGUUCUCCGCCAUCUUGCUUUGGUUACAUGCCAUCUGAAGGUUUCGAUCGUCAGAAAUGCUUGUACCGUUGUAAAAACACGUCGUUGGAUAAAAUGGCAGAGGCAUGUACCAUAUACAGUCACGUAGUGAUGAAAACAGUUCGCAUCCUUGACUUGUCUGUCCUGCUUCCACUUUUCCGAGACCCUGCUCUUGACCUACGGAUUCUGCACCUUGUAAGAGAUCCUCGAGCUGUUGCAUUGUCAAGGAAAUACUUUAGUCUCUCUAUUGAGAACCAAAUCAUACUUAAGAAGGAAACUCAAAACAACAAGAAAACUGCCAACCAGGUCAUGGCAAAGAUCUGCAAUGCUCAGGUAGCCAUAAACAAACUGGCCAAGGCAGCAGGACAUUCACUGGACGGGCGAUACAUGCUUAUACGUCAUGAAGAUCUGGCAUUGGAGCCCAUUAAAAAUGUCAACGAUAUUUAUAAAUUUGCUGGUCUAAAAAUGUCUGAUGAUCUGCACCAAUGGAUCUAUAACAUUACACACUCUGAGGAUAGACAGAAAAGUGGGUUCUUGUCGUUUUUAAGGCAAUCCUCAAAAGUUGUACAAAAGUGGAGAAUGAUAAUGGACUUCAAAAAAGUGAAGGAGAUUGAACAGGUUUGCAGAGACGCCAUGGAACAUUUUGGUUAUUUGCCAGUGAAAUCCGUAAAGGAGCAAAAAAACAUGACUGUCAAUCUAAUUUUAUAGUGUGCUACAAAAACUGUCCAUAAAACAAAAGCUUUUAAAAGUUUAAAUUUUACAAACUUUUACAACUUCGAAAGUAGAAGCAAAAGUAGGUUUGUACAGUAUCUCAUAAAAG